AUGUUGCAGCCACGGCUAUGGCAGCAGCAGCCCUGGAGGCAAGCUCAAUGCCUGUUCCGCGCCUCGACCAAUGCCUUCGCCCGCCGCACAUAUGCCUCUUCCACCGAGGGUCCCAAAGUAGCGACAACGACCCGCGAGGCGACGACCACAAGCACCGAUGCAGUUGCCUUCAACCCACCCACCGCUGCCCCAAGCCGAAGACGCGGUGGCUUCGAACUCAGAACAUACAAGCCUCGCACGCCCAGUUUACGACACUUGCGCCGUCCCGUCAACGACCAUCUGUGGAAGGGAAAGCCUCUGGCCAAGCUCACAUUCGCCAAAGUCGGUCACGGAAAGGGUGGUCGUAACUGCACAGGUCGUGUGACUGUGCGACACCGCGGUGGUGGUCACAGAAGACGUAUCCGCACAGUAGACUUCAAACGCAUGGAGCCUGGCAAGCACACUGUCGAGCGCAUCGAGUACGACCCCAACCGCAGCACCCAUCUGGCCCUCGUCACAAGGCAGAAGACUGGAGAGAAGAGUUACGUUCUGGCUGCCGAUGGUAUGCGCGCUGGAGACGUCAUCGAGAGUUACCGUGCUGGUAUUCCCGGCGAGUUGUUGAAGAGCAUGGGCGGUGUUAUGGACCCUGGUAUGCUCGCCGCAAAGACCGCGUUCCGUGGUAACUGCUUGCCCGUGCGCAUGAUCCCUCUCGGAACCCAGAUCUACGCCGUUGGAUCUACCACAGGCAAGGGAGCCGUCUUCUGUCGCAGUGCCGGUACCUUUGCCGUCGUUGUUUCAAAGGAAGAGGUUGGCAAGAAGGUCAAGGAAGUCACAGUCCGUCUGCAGAGUGGUGAAGUCAGAAGAGUCAGCCCAGAGGCCUGCGCUACCAUUGGUGUUGCCAGCAACCCCCACCACCACUUCAGAACACUCGGUAAGGCUGGUCGCAGCAGAUGGCUCAACAUCCGUCCUACCGUCCGUGGUCUGGCUAUGAACGCCGCCGACCAUCCUCACGGUGGUGGUAGAGGUAAAUCAAAGGGUAACGUCCACCCCGUGUCCAUCUGGGGCACCCCGGCCAAGGGUGGUUACAAGACUCGUGCAAAGCGGAACCCCAACAAGCACGUUGUGCAAGAGCGCGAGCGCAACCAAGGCAAGAGAAGGACAAGCAAGAACUAA